UAAUACACAACUCACACACAAAAAAGGAGGAAUAUUCAUAAUAUUAUCAGAAGUAUAAAGAUGAGCAGAAUUGGACCAGCCCACAACGUGACCAUUUUAGGGUCGGGGGAAACUACCGUAGUCUUAAGCCAUGGUUACGGCACCGACCAAUCCGUGUGGAAGCAUCUUGUCCCCCACCUCAUAGACGACUACAGAGUCCUACUCUACGACAAUAUGGGAGCGGGGACCACCAAUCCCGACUAUUUUGAUUUCGAGCGUUAUUCCAGCUUGGAAGGCUACUCCUACGACCUGAUUGCCAUUCUGGAGGAGUUCCAAGUCAGCAGGUGCAUUUACGUGGGCCACUCCAUGUCAGCCAUGGCUGGAGCCGUGGCAUCUAUUUUCAGGCCAGACUUGUUUCACAAACUCGUCAUGGUUACGCCGACCCCAAGGAUAACCAACACAGAGGAGUAUUACGGUGGAUUUGAGCAGAAGGAGAUAGAUGAGGCGUUGAGGGCCAUGGAGGAGAACUUCGAGUCGUCGUCGUUGGGACAUGCGCCACUUUUGCUGGCUUGUGACCUGGAAUCGGUGGCCCUGCAGGAGUACUGUAGGACCCUGUUCAACAUGCGGCCUGAUAUUGCCUAUUGCAUGACUCGUAUGAUAUGUGGGCUUGACUUGAGGCCCUAUCUACGCCACAUCACAGUCCCGUGCCACAUCAUCCAUAGCUCCAAGGACAUUAUGGUCCCAGUUUCGGUGGGGGAGUAUCUGAGCAACAACUUGGGAGGUCCGUCGGUUGUGGAGAUGAUGCCAACCGAGGGCCACCUGCCUCACCUCAGCGCGCCGGAGGUCACAAUUCCGGUGGUGCUCCGCCACAUCAGACAAGACAUCAUGGAUCACUGA